AUUUGGUAUUUGAUUAGAGAAAUUUAGAUGUUUUUUUGUGAUAUGCAUUUUCCAUUUUGUUUGAAUGCAAUAAGAUGAAUGAAUAAUUUUUUUUUCACUCUCUGGUAUACAAGAGGCAUGAGGAAUGAGGAUCUGCUACAAAGUCAUUAUGUGAAACAUGGGGGGCCUAUAUUUUUGUGCCAUCUCACUGUGCACGAAGCCGAGUUUACUUCUAAUAGCACAGUCAACAAAAACCUCAUUCACCUUCACUACACUUAACACUAGUCUGAAUCUCUCUCGCUCACCUCCUCCACUCCUGUGUGGUUAGUUCCCUGCUGUUCUAAAACUAACACACGAGAGUUUUGUUCCUGCACUCACAUACCUCCAAUUCCCCUCUCUUACCAUGGAGGUGUGGGGGCAAUCAUUUUUGUUGUUGGGUUCGCUGGCAUUUCUUGGAAUGCUGCUUCAUUUGGUAAUGACAGAGUGCCCCUUAGAUUUGAGUGGAUCAAACUUUACUCUAGUGGCCUCUAUGUGUUCUAAUAAAGAUGACAGAGGGAAGUGUUGUCGCUAUAUCAAUACUUUUGUUGCAAUCUCCAUUGCUCGGUAUGCAAAUGCAACAGGCAACCUUGGGGUCACUUCAAAUUUAUCUGACAUCUGCCUCCAUUCCAUAUCACAGACAAUGGAUUUGUAUGGAGUUUCACGAAAUGCUACAGUUUUCUGUGGGUUUGGGACAAAAAUUCCUGUCAAUUAUGACUGUGGGGGUCGAACAACAGUCACACAGAUGCUACAGUCUCCAAAAUUUGUGGAUGUCACAGAAAAUUGCAAACUGCCUCUUUCAGAGGAAAGUGAUUGUAGGAAGUGUUUAAAUGCUGGCAUUGUCUACCUUCAUCAUUUGGUAGGAGCAGAAAAUAACAUGACUUUGAGUACUUGCCGUGAUGCAACUUUUGCUGCACUUGCAAGCCAACUUGAAUAUGGUUCAGCUGUUGACCUUGCGAGCUGCUUCUUUCAAGUUCAGGGGCUUAACAUCUCUUCAGAUACUUCUCCAUCUUCGCUGGUCCCUGAGGCUUCUCCAAGUCCAUUGGUUGCUGAUAGCCCAAGCCAACUCAUGUUGGGUGUACCUCAAAAGGGACAAAAUGGAAAUCACCAUUCCUAUCACCUGACAUUAAUUCCUGGCAUUGGCAUUGCAGUCACAGCCGGUUCUGUUAUGAUGUUAGUAGUCUUGAUAAUUCUUAUUCGUAGGAAAAACAGGGAGCUGGACUGUUCUGAGAAUACAGAUAAGACCUCUUGGAAAUCUUUCCCUACUCAGUCUAUUAGAAAAUUUCAUGAAGGUUCUGCAUCAAUGUUCCAAAAAUUCAGCUACAGGGAGACAAAGAAGGCAACUGAUAAUUUUAAUACUGUAAUUGGACAAGGGGGCUUUGGAACUGUCUACAAAGCUCAAUUAAGUGAUGGCUCACUUUUGGCAGUGAAGCGGAUGAACAAAGUUUCAGAGCAAGGGGAGGAUGAAUUCUGCAGAGAGUUAGAGCUUCUUGCUAGAUUGCAUCAUCGUCAUCUAGUAACUCUGAGAGGAUUCUGCAUUAAAAAAUGCGAGAGGUUUCUUAUGUAUGAGUAUAUGGCAAAUGGAAGCUUAAAGGAUCAUCUUCAUUCACCAGGAAGAGCACCUCUGAUUUGGCAGACAAGAAUCCAAAUUUCCAUUGAUGUGGCUCAUGCUCUGGAAUACCUCCAUUUUUAUUGUGAUCCACCUUUAUGCCAUAGAGAUAUUAAGUCGAGCAACAUUUUACUGGAUGAGAACUUUGUUGCAAAGAUUGCAGAUUUCGGCCUUGUACAUGCUUCAAAAGAUGGUUCUGUUUGCUUUGAACCAGUAAAUACUGAUAUCCGGGGAACUCCAGGUUAUAUGGAUCCUGAAUAUGUGGUCACUCAACAGCUCACUGAGAAAAGUGAUGUUUACAGCUAUGGUGUGCUACUAUUGGAGAUUGUGACUGCAAGACGAGCAAUACAAGAUGGCAAGAAUUUGGUAGAGUCAACCCAAAUGUUGAUGGCCUCAAAAUCUAGAUUAUCUGAGCUAGUGGAUCCUCGUAUAAAGGACUCCUUUGACUUAGAACAGCUUCAGACAGUUGUGACAAUUGUGAGAUGGUGCACUCAGAGAGAAGGGCAGGCCAGGCCUUCAAUCAAACAGGUCCUUAGACUUCUGUAUGAGAGUUCUGACCCAACGCAUAGUGGUUUUGUACAAGCUGUGGAAGAUGAAGUAUAUGAAGAAACUGAUGGGAGGCCAAGGACAAGUAAAGGGAAAAUGCAUAAGAGUGACCCAAUUUUUCAUAGUGGGGAUGGAAGGUAUCUUGCUUCUUCGUCAAGUACAUCCAGGUCAUAUUGUAGUCGAAGCUUCUUACUUGAAAAUGGCUCUCCUCAGUCUCCUCCCAAUUUGCUCUCUCUUUAAAGUCAACUUAUUUUUUUUGGCAUCCACAACUGCUCAUGAGUAGAAAGCCUGUAGCCCAACACCAUUACGAGAAGCUAUAAAUCACGUGGCAAUUAUUAGUUCACCGUCUUUGCAGGGUAAAAGUUUUCCUACUAUCAACCUCUGGAGUGAUUCUGAGGUUGUUACUUUAAAAAGGGAAAUAGAAAUUGCAAGAGUAUCUCUUUUACACAAAUCAUUUUAUGUUAUAUGAGAAUUUUUUUUGGAAAUCUGAGGCAUUGAUAAAUAUAUCAGUUAUCUCAUGAUAGGCACCUGGAUAUUGCAACUAAUUUUAAGGAUUGAUUGAGUAUUUUGAUUUGAAUCGGUAAAAAUGCCUUGAUGUAUACAGUAUCAGCAAACAUUUUGAA